CGUGAAGUGAUGCAACGGAUCUUGGGGUGACCUUUCAACUUCUUUGUGCUGACAUCUUGCGCCAUCACUUCUGCCAAUGUUUGCCCGCCGUCGCAUCACCUAUGGACGUGAGCACAUUCGAGGAUUGAUACCAUGUGGUGUUUCUUGCGCUCUAACCCCUCUUCACUUUCACCGACUGCACCUAUGGUGAGUGAAGCGCGUACACAUACUACAAGUAUUACUGAAGUAUUCCUUGAGUUUUCCUGCUCCCUUCAUGUCUGCUGCUCGUACUUCGACAUAUUGACUUCAGAACACGACACACAUGUGCUAAUCACUGCGGCCUCCGAUGGCACCGAAUGUCACUCCGCUGCUAAAGCGCAAACGACGUUCAUGUGCAGCUAGCUGCAGCGGCGUUCUCUCGCAGCAGGCACGAAACAAUGAUCAUUCAGCUACUGACGUAGCUCGAGUUAGCGGUAUUACGCGCUCACACUCUCCCAGUGUCGUAAUCAGGCGGGUGAGGAGCAGUUCUGAAUCUAUACCACCCGGCGCAACAAGCUCUGCGAUUCAUAUCACGACCAAGGGCGCAAAGCGCCAGAAACUGAGCCAUGUAGUCGUCCCUAGACCUGCAUAUCCGCAUUCGGCUUUUGGCCUUUCGAACGCCACUGCACCGCUACGCAGUGAGUUCGAAGCUAUCUACGCAUUGAAACAGGAGUAUAGCCAUCUCCACGCUGAUAAGCCGAACCGCCCGGCAUACACCUAUUUUACUUUGAACGACUUCAGUGUCUAUCGACCGUACUACAGGCUGUCGAGCAAUCGUUAUGAUGGAGAACUGGUCACCCUUGACCGCCUCCAGAACCGGAAAGGCUGCAAUACUUUCCUGGUCGAUGGCGUGCUUGCAUGCGGUAAACUGAAGGUCUGCGUCAAAGCCGUUCCGAUCAGUAUCCUGACGGUUGAUGGUUACGGAAACACGGACACUUUCAGCUUGAGCGGCAAGAUCUGUGUACAGAGCGCGACCGCUGCUGAGUGCGAUGUGUGGUAUCAGUUCGGCACGCCGUCUCCUGAGUAUCGAAGGUUCUUUUCACCUUUCCUAUGGCUUGCGCAUUUCACCAAGUCCUUCGUGGAGUACCUUACGGAGACGGAGAAUGUAACGUUGGCGCAUUUUGCUGCCGAUAUGCAGUUCGUGCAGUGGCUGCAAUACACGUACGGCGGCGAUUCAGACUGGUUGCAAUGGCAACAAAUGGCCAAUCUGAGCGAUUAUAGGACUACGGUUGCUGCUAACGUCGGCUUUCUGUUCAAGGAGUGCUGGAGCGUUCACAACCCUGCUCCUGGAAGCCCAUUCAACAUUCGCAACCAGCCGGUUUGGGGCGAAGUCGAUCCGAUGAAUCUCAAGGCAAUCCCGCAGCAACCGAACAAAGAAACGGCAACGAUAGUCACACCCUAUGCGUACAGAUGCUUUCGACAUAUGUACUUCGGACAGCAACUCAAACAGAUGUCUAUCAGAGAUAACGCCGUCAAUGCACAAGUCACGGAGCGCAAACGUGCAUUGGGCUUGACCGUCGCAACUGGUGUUACACCUUAUGAAACGGGCAUGCGUACACCUGAAAGUAUGCCAAGUACGCCUCCCUCUGCCAGCCCCCUGGAGGUCAACGCGGGCGAUGUGGUGUCUGUGGAGGCUGACAAAAACGGACCGUGGAGGUCGUGCGACACUGUCUGGUAUGCCUAUAUCAUGGAUGUUCGUUUGAACCGACGGAAGGAGCAGGUUCUUGACGUACUAUGGCUAUACGAACCACAGCAUACGACAUUGGGCGCAGCAUACUAUCCCUUUGCUAACGAACUGUUUCUGUCGGACAACUGCAGCUGUGGGCAUAAUGCAAUUGCAAUCGACGCUGUUAUUAGCAAGGUCGAUGUAAAAUGGCACAUCAAAGAUCCCGUGGGUGUUGCUGUUUUCUUUGCCCGUCGAAAGUUCUGUACUAUUCAUGAAGAAGAUAGUUACAGCUUUGAAACGCUGAAAGACUCCGACUUCGUCUGCAACUGCAGUGAGCGCCAGCGGAUCUGGGACGAUUGCAUUCGACAGUUCGCCGUCUCCGACUGCGUGCUUGUCCUUGUUGACGAAGAGGAGUUCAACGCAUACGGGCGGGCAAAGAAGUCUUGGCUCGAACCCGCAAGAGUCGUGGCGUUCAACAACCUCCAGCAACGAGUAGUUUUGCAGCUGUUCCAGCGCAAGAAUCGGCUUGAUCUUGCUGCUAGAGCUAAUGAACUGUUGGUCAGCCCGGAAAUGAUCGACGUACCGUCGUCAAGGCUCAUCCGGAAAUGCAAUGUCCGUGAAUUCGAACCUAGCGACAUCAGGAACGGCCGCCUUCCGGUACCAUACGAUCAAAACGGCGCUGCUGAUUGUUAUUACAUCGCCAAGAGCAGUAGUGGUCAUGAAAAGGAUGGAGUUCCUGAACGAAUUUCGAAGCCAGGCAGCGCCCGGGAGCUGUUCACUCAACAGGAUAGUAAGCAAUGCAACCCGACACACAAGCUGCGCGGUAUGGGCAUCUUCUGUGGUGGUGGCAACCUCGACCGAGGCCUAGAGGACGGCGGCGCUGUCGUCUUCGACUACGCAAUCGAUUGGGCGGAGCAUGCCCUACACAGCUACAGAGCUAAUUCUCGCAACCCGAACGCCCGAUAUUUUCUUGGCUCUGUGAACGACUAUCUUGCGGCUGCUUUGGACGGUGCAGGGGAUGCUAGCAUCGCGGCAGUUGGCGCUGUCGAGGUGCUCGGAGCUGGCAGCCCUUGCCCGGGGUUCUCUAAUCUCCAACUGAACAAAUUUAGUGACGAGUCGUUGCGUAACGCCUCUAUGGUCGCAGCGGUGAUCGCUUAUGUCGACUUCUACAGCCCGAAGUACUUCCUCCUAGAAAACGUUGUAAAUAUGACAAGGGGCUUAGGACCAGACAAAACGGAAAACGUCUUCUCUCAGGUUCUUGCAGCAUUAGUCGGUCUCGGGUACCAAGUGCAGCAAUUCUUGAUGGACGCAUGGUCGUACGGGAGUCCGCAGCAACGAACCCGAGUGUUCAUUGUCGCAACAGCGCCAGGACUUGACAUUCUGCCGGUGCCCGUGCAUACGCAUGACCAUCCUAGCAAUAUGGGCUUUCGCGAGCGAGCUCUCGGCCGCUCGAGUAAUGGUCUACCAUUUGGCCAGCGCCGCAAUGACUGGACGCCUUUUCCGCAUGUGUCCAUUUCCGACGCUUGUAGCGAUCUGCCGGAAAUCACAGAUUCGCAGCCACAGCUAUGUCCGUCGUUUCCAGACCACAGGACCUCGAGCGAGGAAGGUGCUGACAGCCGAUCGCGUAUCGCCCUCAUUCCUUUACGCCCUUACGGGAUGGGGCUUGUCAAGGCAGUGCAGCAAGGACUAAUAACAGGCGGGGAGCCAUUAGACUACUACAACCGACUCGGCAAGCAUCAAGCGAAGAAGAACAGCACGACUUACGCGCGCGUUCGCCGAGACGGACUAAUGCCCACACUUACUACAGUGUUGAGAAUCGGAGACGGCAUCGCCGGGAGAACUAUCCAUUGGCGAGAACACCGGAAUGUGACUGUACAGGAAUGUAAGCGCGCCCAAGGGUACUGGGAUGAAGAAGUGCUCGUUGGCUCUCCUGCCCAACAGAUGAAAAUCAUCGGCAACAGCGUCGACCGUAAAGUCUCACUUGCGCUCGGUGUAGCGCUGAAAGAAGCG